CACAAAAGCCAGCUUAUAAAAGGUUGCUUUUUGCGUUUCCCACCACAAAUUAAAGAAUUAAGUGGCAGAAACUUGCAGGCAACCAGGAUGAAGUACUUCGUAACAGUUUUUCUUUUUGCGCUAGUGGCAGGUAUCCGAUCGGAAUACUUUGAAGACUUAGUCCUCAACGAUGGUGAAAUACCUCCAAGACACCCGUAUUUUGUAGGUUACAACACAGUUCUUUUUAUUUCUUCAUUAAUGAACACAUUUAAUUGCUCACUUUUAUUGCUUGUUUCUUUUUUUCCUGCUUUUCACACUAUUCAUCAUGCAGAAUGGCUGUUGUUCUCGUCGGACAUUUUACUCACAGUCGUAUGUUAAGAACAUAGGGCCGAAAUAUUACAGGUGAAGCGUGAACUAUAUCACUCGCAUGGGCAAAUGUCUGCGCGGUCUUUCCUUUGUGUAGGGAAUACGGCCUUGCUCAUCAACUUGUAGGGCAGAGCAGAGAAACAAAAACCAUGCGACUUUUUGUUUAUCCUUUUUUGAUCCAAAUUUUGAAUGGCUAAUAUUUAUCAUGUUGUCUAGACUAAACGUGGUGGGCUUCAAAACAUUGAUGUACGUGAAUAACCUUUACCAAUGGAAGAAUAGCGGCUUGAGUGAUUUUUCCCCUCGGGUACCUGAGUAUGGACGAGGCACGUGAUAGAUUUUACCUUAUUUUACCUCAUGUUAUUAGUUCGCUGUGUUUCUUUCUCCUAAGAAUUAGCCUCAAACUCGUUAGUUUAACAUUAUAUCAUGUAGCCCCAUGAAUUUAAAAUGACCAAAUGGCAGAUAGGGUAGUUUGUAUUUGUCUCGGAAUUGUAUGUAUAACUUGCAGAUUUGUUUGCUUCGUUUGUGUCCUUUUAUACACAGAGGAAAUUUUCUAUCACGAAUACCUUGAUUUAUACGGGUUUAACCCAUUCGCUCCUGGAAAUUUUGCCGAAAAACGCGUUUUGAAGCUAGUCGAGUGGUUUUCUGGUCACUGUCGUGCUAUAAAGAGCUAAAACUUACCACAAACCGGUUUACAGGUCGUACACUUCGCGGCCUUCUGAUCCAGAUGCAAUGCGUUUUGAAGCUAGUCGAGUGGUUUUCUGGUCACUGUCGUGCUAUAAAGAGCUAAAACUUACCACAAACCGGUUUACAGGUCGUACACUUCGCGGCCUUUUGAUCCAGAUGCAAAAUAUCAGCUUGCGAAGUUCGGGCAUGCGCAGAAAGCAAAAUUGGGUUUAAAAGUGACACAGCAGUCUUAACUUAUACUUUUCGCUUUCUCUCCUCCCUUCUUUUUCCGCUUUUCUUGCCUCAUUUUUUUUCUCUUGCUGGGCAUUUAGUAGGCUUCAUUUUGGUGGGAAGAGUUUUUAGGAAAGCUUUUAGGAUCUUAGGAUUAGGUGAGAGGAAAGGUAGGUGAGCAAUGGAACAAGAUUUUCAUGGAGAUUUUCAGGUCAAUGUCACGUGGUUUUUUGCUUCUUUCUCCGGUGUCCUUGACUGAAUUGUGCUCAUUCUGGUAUGGUUUGAAAGAUUUUUUUACUCUACACAAGUUAGCGAAGAAAGUUGUCCUUCACCGUUAAAACUGAUGACCUCACAAAUGGUAGAAAGGACCUGGAUCCACACGGGCGGUUACGGGCGGUUCAGGGGCGAAUGGGUUAAGGAGGAAGGGAUAAUUCAAAAUAGCAGAUCCAAGAUGGCAGAUGUUUCCAGUUGUUAUCUUAGUUGAAUUUUUGCAAAAUAUGCAUUGAAAAGCUAGGAAAAGCCAGACGUUUGGAGGGUGCUCCCUAUUCCUCAGUGGUUUAUUCAAACCAACCGAUGAUGUUUCCAGUUCGUUCAUUACCGGUAAUAAUAAAUGACGUCAUCGUGGCAUCACUGCUAUUGUUAAAGACGAUUUAAAAUUACGUUAAUGAACUUCUUGAUCUUAUAAUGUAAUGACUGAUUAAUUAUUUUUCGCUUUAUGGUUACUUUAAGGGGGACGAAAAAUAAUGAAAUUUUGGUUUCUACUAAAAAAAUCCAACAAUGCCACGUCAUAUGGUGUUAAAUUAAUUGUCAUUGUGUUAAUCAAGUAAUACCUAGGUGUUGGAAUUGAUGAGUACAUUAUUGGCUGUAACAAACGGUGGGCGUAUCUUGAGCGCCCGGUUUUAAAGUUAUAGACGGAGGCCUCCGAAGGCCUUCGAAGGCCCUCCGACGGUCACAGAAAGCAAAUUAACAAGCUCGGCUUGAGAAGGGUUAAGACAAUACAAUUAUUUAAAUAAAAACUUCAUUACUUUUAUACUGUUUUGCCUGAUAAAAGUAACCGUAACGUGUUUUCAUAGCAAUGCAAAAUCGACCUGUACGAUUGCAUGUUUCAUGAUGACACGAAAGGCUGGUGGACUUGUACGAAGGAAUACGUCACCUGCAUGAAGCAGCUAAUACCACCCAGACCACAAUCCGUUGUAAGUAUAUUAUCCAUUCCUACAGUCGAACCCCGCCUAACGGCCACCUCGGUAAUACGGUCACCUCGUUAUUGAGACCGCUUUUUUUCGGCCCAGCAAAACGGCAAUACAUUUUCUUUAAAAAAAAAAAAAAAACUUUUGUUGAUGCGGUAAAAACUUAAACUAUAGAAUCUUUUAUAAUUUUACCCCCUUAAUGCGGCCACGGGCAAAAUUAAAAUCCGUGUGACAUUCCGAUUUCAUUGACCUACUACUAGCUGAGCCUGUUCUUAUUUAACAAUUAUUCCUCGAGGCCUCAUAGGCUAUUGACUCAGAGCCCAUGAGGGCGAAAAGAAUAAUUGUUUUAGUAAAAUAUCGAGACAAAACAACUUAAGCUAGCAAAACGCGAUUCAGCCGCCAUUGUUUCGGUUUUCAAGGUCGCAGCUUUUCGCUACUAGUGGGCAAUAACACAUAGCCUAGUAGUAGCUCAACCAUUCAGAACGCAGCAUUGAUAAUAGGCCACUAGUUGGAUCUUACUAAAUUGCUUUUAGACUGCAGUUUACUUAAAAUGCAUUUGUGGCGGUUUAAUAGCCAAUUUUACAAGAGUUUUAUGUACCGAAGGAAAGAUUCCAGUAGUUUUAUAAUAAUUACUGUAACUUACUUUUACUCUUGUAUUUACUGUACGCGAUAUAUGUAUUCCGGUUGUUUAUUACAUUGUAAAGAGAACGAUUGUUCAAAAGUGCGAAUCGCUCGGCGAUAUAUGGUGUAUUUGUCAUUACGGCCCCUCUUAAGUCAUGAAAUUUGACCCUCAUGCCACCCAAUGCAUUUUUUUUUUUCAUACCUUGUUUUUCUUUGUCUAAAGACGAGAAAAUGAUAAAUGAUAAGGGGGUUUCUGUUAGCCAAAAGUAGAGCUGUGCUUUUACAAGAAAUUUUGAGAGGAACGCUACUUACUUGUUCCUUCAAGGCUAUUUAUACAAGUUUUUAGAAAAUCCGUGGAAUCAAUAAGCAAAGACAACAAGUUUAAUUGAAUGAACUAACCAUUUUUAUUUUCCAUUCUCUUUAGCAAUGUACCAUAGACUUAUAUUACUGUUUUAAAGAGAACCAAGUUGGAAACUUUGAGUGUACCAGUAUAUUUGGCUCCUGCUUAAACAAAGAAUUACCUUCAUUUAUAGUAAGUAUAUAAAAAAUAACUUACUGGUAUUCUUAACUAUACGAUAAAGGAGGAAGUUACUACAGGUUACCAAUAGGGAUAGGAACAUGUAUAUAUCAUGCCCAUCCCCCCACCCCCCUCUUAUAUGAAGGUCUGGAUCCGCCACUGCGUACUAAUUAUUAUUGGAUGUAGUAGAACACAAGGAGGAUUAAUAUGUGUGUAUUGCGUCAGCCUGAUUAAAAGCAUGUUGAGAUGUUGAGUUGUCCAAUAUUCUGAGACGAGACCAUUACACAGAGUUCAAUACCAUCAAACCGAGGUGAUACAACCCAGUUGACUCUGAAAAUGACUACCACGUAGGUUGUCCAAACGCUACAACAGUCCUAUUCAGGACUAUGAUCACCAAGACGAUCAUGCUCCACCUUCCAACGAUCACAAUUGAAACAGCUGUAAUUGAAAACUAGCUGCUUUAGCCUGAUGUUGACUAUUUUAAACUAAUUUUUGUCCUCCGCAGCAAGCUUGUAAUAAGGAAGUCGCACAGUGUUGGAGCUCAGCCUCAGACUAUAAUAUAGCAGCGAAAUUCAAGUGCUGUACAUCAUUUGCAUACUGCUUUCUCAAUGGACCGACUCCAGCCCCAAGUAUGUACCAAGAGAUACGGCCCCUGCAUGGAGGCGGUAAUACCACCCCAGCCCCAAUCAGUUGUAAGUUUAUUUUCCAUUCCCUACGUCGAACCCCGCCCAACGGCCCCCCCGGUAAUUCGGUCACCUCGUUAUUACCACCGCUUUUUUUCGGCCCAACAAAACGGGAAUACAUUUUCAAAAAAAAAAAAAAAAAAACUUUGGUUGAUGCGGUAAAAAGUUAAACUAUAGAAUCUUUUAUAAUUUUACCCCCUUAAUGCGGCCACAGGCAAAAUUAAAAUCCGUGUGACAUGCCGAUUUCAUUGACCUAGUACUAGCUGAGCCUGUUCUUAUUUAACAAUUAUUCCUCGAGGCCUCAUAGGCUAUUGACUCAGAGCCCAUGAGGGCGAAAGGAAUAAUUGUUUUAGUAAAAUAUCGAGACAAAACAACUUAAGCUAGCAAAGCGCGAUUCAGCCGCCAUUGUUUCGGUUUUCAAGGUCGGCGCUUUUCGCUACUAGUGGGCUAUAACAUAUAGCCUAGUAGUAGCUCAACCAUUCAGAACGCAGCAUUGAUAACAGGCCACUAGUUGGAUCUUACUAAAUUGCUUUUAGACUGCAGUUCACUUAAAAUGCAUUUGUGGUGGUUUAAUAGCCAAUUUUAAAAGAGUUUUAUGUACUGAAGGAAAGAUUCCAGUAGUUUAAUAAUAAUUAUAAUAAUUACUGUAACUUACUUUUACUCUUGUAUUUACUGUACGCGAUAUAUGUAUUCCGGUUGUUUAUUACAUUGUAAAGAGAACGAUUGGUCAAAAGUGCGAAUCGCUCGGCGAUAUAUGGUGUAUUUUUCAUUACGGCCCUUCUUAAGUCAUGAAAUUUGACCCUCAUGCCACCCCGUUAAUACGGCCAAUUUUUUUUUUUCACCCUUGUUUUUCUUUGUCUAAAGACGAGAAAAUGAUAAAUGAUAAGGAGGUUUCUGUUAGCCAAAAGUAUAGCUGUGCUUUUACAAGAAUUUUUGAGAGGAUAGCUACUUACUUGUUCCUUCAAGGCUAUUUAUACAUGUUUUUAGAAAAUCCGUGGAAUCAAUAAGUAAAGACAACAAGUUUAAUUGAAUGAACUAACCAUUUUUAUUUUUCCUUCUCUUUAGCAAUGUACCAUAGACUUAUAUUACUGUUUUAAAGAGAACCAAAUUGGAAACUUUGAGUGUACCAGUAGAUUUGGCUCCUGCUUAAACAAAGAAUUACCUUCAUUUAUAGUAAGUAUAUAAAACAUAACUUACUGGUAUUCUUAACUAUACAAUAUAGGAGGAAGUUACUACAGGUUACCAAUAAGGAUCUUCGAUUCAUACCAAUUUACGAGCCUUACAAUAAAACGCGUUGCACACAAACCGAUACUAAACCACUUUACGACGGCUACUUACUAAUGUUAAGGACAAAGACAAACCGGAGGACAGACGAGGAGCAGUAUACAAGAUCAAAUGCUGCGACUGCCAGGCCACGUACAUUGCUGAGAACGGCAGAAACCUUCUAGUAUGCACGUGACUGACUGAACACAAACGAGCAACAAGACAUGGUGAUCAGUUCAACAACCACAUCAGCUAAACACCAUUUACGGACAAAACAUCAAAUCGACCGGGACUCUGCGACAUGUAUUGCGUAUUCCACAGACCACUAUCAACGACUCACUGUAAAAAGCAGGUUUACUUCUGAACUAAUUUAUUGGCACCAUGCAAACGCGUUAUUGACGGACUCACGCAAAACUGUCAACGCCUGCAGACAAUCUGACUAACAACAAACUGUGACAACGGAUCGAGACGCACCAAUGACAUUUAGAGUUUUCAUAGCUAACAACACUAUGGCUUAAUUGAUAGACGACCAAUAACAUCGCGACUUACUUGACCAAUCAAGUUAAUAACCAGAGUGUAGUGCACCGGAGGUAGUUAUACCUGUUGUUGCUGCGACUGUAAUACCGUACCCGUGGCGAUUCCAGGGGAUGGGCCAUCCUUAUUUUUAGACCAAACUUAGGCCCGAAGGGCCAAAAAAAAAAUUGUUUUGAGACUGCACCCCCCCCCUCCCCUUAUCUCAGGGUCCGGACGACCAGACCCCACCCCCCAGAAAAAUAAUAUAGAAUAAAAAUAAGCAGAAUGUCACUUAACAAAAUAUUCAUGUUUCUAAUCAGAAGCCCUCUAGCGGAAAUGCUAAAAUACAAAAACUAAUAGCAAAACAUAUAUUCGAAUGCUUUGAAAAAAGGAAAGGGGAAGACGGCAAAAAGUAAAUACUCUAGGACUUAAUUAACUAAUAACUUAUUAGCCAUAUAUGGUUAGGAAUUUUUCUUGUUUGUAAUUUUAGUUAUUUGGGAAUAGUUGAUAUACUCCAAAUAAAAAACUUGUAUAUAUCAUGCCCAUCCCCCCACCCCCCUCUUAUAUGAAGGUCUGGAUCCGCCACUGCGUACUAAUUAUUAUUGGAUGUAGUAGAACACAAGGAGGAUUAAUAGGGAGCUUAAGCAAAGACGUUUUUGAGCGACGCACGUCAACCGGAAGUGAGGCCUUCUCCGUUUUUAUAUGCCUGGACACUACCAAAUUUGUAUUGCUGAGUUUCUUUUCUCCUAUAAAGACGAUUUACCCAAGAGUUUCAACCAAACCACAGCCCAAUGCUGCAAAAAGUCCACUUCCGGUUGACGUCCGUCGCUCAAAAACGCUGUUGCUUAAGCUCCCUAAUAUGUGUGUAUUGCGUCAGCCUGAUUAAAGGAAGGUUGAGUUGUUGAGUUGUCCAAUAUUCUGAGACGAGACCAUUACACAGAGUUCAAUACCAUCAAACCGAGGUGAUACAACCCAGUUGACUCUGAAAAUGACUACCACAUAGGUUGUCCAAACGCUACAACACUCCUAUUCAGGACUAUGAUCACUAAGACGAUCAUGCUCCACCUUCCAACGAUCACAAUUGAAACAGCUGUAAUUGAAAACUAGCUGCUUUAGCCUGAUGUUGACUAUUUUAAACUAAUUUUUGUCCUCUGCAGCAAGCUUGUAAUAAGGAAGUCGCACAGUGUUGGAGCUCAGCCUCAGACUAUAAUAUAGCAGCGAAAUUCAAGUGCUGUACAUCAUUUGCAUACUGCUUUCUCAAUGGACCGACUCCAGCCCCAAGUAUUGCUGCCCUGAAGGUUGAAGACGCAAGCCAAAUGCAGAAUGUCAGCGGUGGAAUUGUGAGAGUCCCUAAUAAAUAGGCUAACUACCGGCAGGCACAAAACGCAAGUUACCGGUCACAGGUCACAAGUGCAGGUUAUAGUACAGGACACCAUGCUAUGGUAAAUAAACAAUCCUAAAUCGUCUCCUAGCCCUAUUCACAAUCCUAAAUAGGAAAUAGGAGGAAACAAUUUACUCAGUCAUUUAUCAACAGAGAAGUGACCUGCACUCAUUGCGACCUGUUACCUGUUACCUGCCAGUUGACUACGUGUGUCAAUUUGGGCGAAAAUGACGUGUUAGCAAGUUGUUGGCCAGAUUCUAUGUCUUUGAAAUUAAUCGAUCACUUUGUUUAUUUGGUGACCGUAGCCGCUGAUUAUACGUCACCAAUUGCUUAUUUUAAGAAAGCGAUUGGGCAUUCAUUAUUUGAGAGUAUAGCUCCUGAGUUCACCAUUUUCUAUUUUAGCUGAACUGACGGUUAGCCUCCUAUGAGUUGGUGUUUUAAUCGUUUUUUUUAAAUUGAAUUCUUGGUUCACAAUAAAAGCGGAAUAAAAACAAAACGGGGGUAAAAACAGGAAUCUGAUUACGGUGUUAGAAUGAGGAUGAAAGGAGCAGCUGGUAUAGAGUCUAAGUAGGGAAAACUGGGAAAACUUAAACAUUAAAGGAAAGCUUUGCGAAAGCUUUAUUAUGUAUGCCUAAAAAAUAUCACUCAAAAAAGGCCAGCUCGACCAGAGCUGUAAUAAAGUAAUGACUAUGAAGAAGUUGUUAUCGAAUGGCUUUUGGACCCAUCUAUGAAGCCAACUGGAAUUCAUCAGUAAACUUGAUAAUUAAUAUUGUAUCAGCAUUUGUUGUUGUUGUUGUUGUUGUUGUUAUUUUUCCGUUUUUUCAGCAAUGCAAAAAGGAUCUUCGCGGCUGUUUAAGAGCUGGUGAAGACAAGAACGUUUGCUUUAAAAAAUACAAAGCAUGCAUGUACGCCCUUGUCCCUCCCUAUGUCGUAAGUUAAAACAUUUUGUAUCACCACUUAUUUUAAUUAUAUCCUAUUUAAUGAGUACUCUUUAAUUACUUACUCUUACUUAGUUUAGGAGACAAAAAAAGCAAAAUAUUCGUAAUAAAACAUACAGAACAAAGGGCCUAAUAGUCCACUUAAAACUUCUAAACUGUCAUACAAAGUUAUGUAGUUACUUACCCUUUCAGUUUCAACCAUUUCCUAAAUUAAAGCUUGGCGUCUCGUCGCUCUUAAAAGAAAUACCCUGUUUUUUAUUGUUAUUUAUUUAUAUACAUAUUUGUCAUUAGUUAGUUAUUUAUGAGCACACCUUGGGAUCCAUUUGUUUGCAGAAACAGUGUUAUGCGAAAGCCAAAGAGUGUCUUGCAAAUACCAGUGGCUUCAAAAAGUAUAAGUGUGUAAGGGACCUCGCCAUCUGUCUGAAAGAUGGCGCUCCUACUACAGCUCCACCAAAGCCUUCAGCUUCUUAAUUCAGCGCUGGAAGAGUGGGUUGGAAAAACCACAUUGGCGACAAGAAAAUAUAAUAUUUUCAUGUGUAAGGCAUAGAAUAGUACAACAAAAAAUUAAACAGUUCAAAAGAAGCACAGUUUGUUUUAAAUGUCUCAAGUUCCCUUUUGCAUUUUCCGGAAGGGACACCUGCAAUCCAGGACAUAACUAACCCUCCAUUUCCAAGCCUACAGUAUACCCUUGUUAUGAGUUUCCCUCUUUUUAUUUAUCAUAAUGUUUCUGGCCCCGUUCAAGUGAAUCAAGAUAUUUUUGAAAUGUUUUUUUUUCCACACGAAUAGCCGGGUCAAGGAGGUUUUUUUGCCAAUCACACCAUGCUUUUAGGUCCUUAUGUCGGAUUUUCAAUGGCAGGUCUUAGAUCGCAAAAUUCGACUUGUAAUGCUUUCAAAGUUUUUUUUUGUUUAACAUAGUGAUGGUUUUACUCCAAACGAAUUUCACGUAAACAAAUCGCUUUUAAGGCGAUUGAAAAGAUCGGUAUGAUCCCCGAAAACUGUUUCGAGAGACCUUCAGAAAAAAAAACACAAACGUGUAUGUGCACACCCCCCUCCCUUCCAAAAAAGUGUCUAUUUGCCGCCAUCACCUUCUUAUUAUUAGGGAGCUUAAGCAACGACGGCGGCGACGUCAACAAGAACGGCAAAAAAGCAAUUGGUUUAGAUUGACAAAACAACAACUUUUCUCGUGCAGCACGCUUUUUUUCAAUUUCUUUGCCGUCACUGUUUAGCACUACCACGACGUGAAAAUGCAUAUUUCCUUCGGUGGAACACAAAGUACAGGAUUCGCGCUCAGGAAUGUUUCAAAGUUGCAUUCGGAUGUCCCGAAGUUGCUUCCGAAUGUCCCGACGUUUCUUCGAUAUCUUCGAGUUCUUUGAUUUAUUCUGACUUAUUUUUGUUUAUUAUUCUGGCUAAAGUAUUUUACAAAAAACAUUGAAGCAAUUUGGGCUAGUAGCUUCAAAAUACGAGCGAGAAGCCUGUUUAAUAUGUCGUUUCUCCAAUACGUUUGAGAGAUACAUAUUUCUACUUUAUGUUGCGAUGUUACACAUGAAUUAUCCUCGGUGUGGAGAUUGUGCAUUUUCAGCAAAGUUUUUAAGGGAGUGUACUGCUGUUAGUUAGUUACGUUGCUGGAGAAGGUGUGGAGUUAACUGUACAUAAGGAAAGUGUUGUUGUAGAGGAAAUAAGAGAAGUGGAACUGAGAUCUCGUCGUGCGCAUUUUCUUUAAUGACAGACUUGUAAUCGAAUUGGGUUACUGCCACCAGCCACGGGGUCAUGCACCUAGCAGACUUCAGGUAAAGAAGUUAAGACGUCUUUAACACAAAAGGAGAAAAUUAAAGGUUAUUUGUACGGAAAGGUAUCCGGAAAAAUAUCAUUUCUUACUAUUCCUCCGCAUUCACAAUUAAUCCUCAACUUCGACGCCGAAGUGUACCCUCCCAUUGUGUCUAGUUUCAGGUUUUUUGGAGGACGUGAACGCAAGACAACGACUUUCUUUUUUCUUUUCCUGAACUUCGAUACAGUCUUUUAGAAUUCAACUCCGGAAAAAAUUGCAAACAUUUGACGAACUGAACGAGAUGGAAUAAAGGCGAUAAAGUUUGAGGCAGCGCGACUCACUUUUAGAGUGACAUUUUCGUAGCCGUCGCCGUCGUUGUUGCUUAAGCUCCCUAUUCAUUACUUCACACAUUUUGGCCCGAUGUAUGGGCAAUCAGUUGCCAUGGUUAAGACAUAUGACGUCAUAACACGAAAUUGAAUCAAGCCAGGCAGGUAAGACUCUUUCGUCCUUUUCUUUUGUUCAUUAAAAAAUCGAAGAGAAUAGGUUAAAGUAGAAGAGAAAGUAGCAGUAGAAGAAAAAGAACAAGGCAUUUAAGAAGAAGACGAAGAAGAAUAGACAAAAGGAAAAUAAACAAUCAUUUAAAUUUGCAAUGUAGUUGCAAAAUCAUUCAUAGAUCAUUAAAAUUGCUCAAUUGCCCUUUAUCUUUUUUAACGUGAUAAAAACUCCAUUUAUAUUUUCUAAAAAUAUACUGUAAAAAUUCCGUGCACAAAAUCACAAGAAGGCAAAAUGUUAGGUCUUUGAUGUUAUGAUUAAGGGCGACUACCACAUGUACAGUUUUAUCUCUGAUAUUACCGAUACUCUUACGAAAGAGGAACUACAAAAUUAAACGACGUGCCAAAACCCAAAUCAAUGGGAUUUUGUUGAAACCGUUAAACUGAUCUGUUUAGAUCUAAAGUUGGGCUAUUUGGUUAUGCAAUUCAGACUCAUAUAAUCGAGAAUACUUUAGCCCACCAAUUUAUUUUUCAAUUCUAUUCCCUUGUUUGAUGGACGUAAACAAUAGGGCCAUUUAUACGAAAAAAAAUAAGACGCGUCUUACUUAAGACGCGUCUUAAAUAAGACGCGAAUUUUCCAUAUAAACGGCACAUUUCGUCUAAAAUAAGACGCGUCUUAGCUAAGACGCGUCUUAUUAGAUAAGACAUGCUCGUAUAAAUGGUUCAGUUGGCGUCUUAUUUAAGACCCGUCUUAUGUAAGACGCGUCUUAUUUUUCCUCGUAUAAAUGGCCCUAUUAUGACUUAAAUAACUACAACUGCCCCCUAAACUUUGUUUAUUUUGAUCUAAUUCCCAAAACAUUUUGGCCCCGCCAAUCCUGGUCCGACCCGAACAGCUUCACUUGGAAUUUGGAGCCUCAAGUAAAAAAAAAAAAAAAAAAACCUUGAAGUACCUCGCAAAAAUGACAGUCGCAUCCUUAAAUGACUUAUUAAAAAUGCUUUACCCUACAUUCUGUUCUCCUUUGGAAUUAAGUAAGACGAUCUGGUGAUUUCUAUUUUGGCACUCUUAUUAAUGGAAGAGUAAAUGUUGAUACUUACAGACAACUGAUGCAUUGUCCGCCAUUAUUGCCAGGAAAAAAAGAAGAUUCAUUAAAAGUUUGCUUUAAGUCGAUAAUAUUUCACUGUAAUCAGAUGUUGGCACUUCCAACUUUAUUGCAUUACUUGAGUAUUGACUUUUAUCGCCUGUUGCAGGUGAUUUAUUUGCGGAAAUUUAAUUUAUCUCUUGCUCAUCAGAUGUCCUUGUUUGUACUGUUCGGUAACCUGAAUAAAUGACCCAACGUAGUUAACGCCUUUAUAAGCAAGGGGCUACAGAUAAUCUCUAGUACAGAAUAGGCGAGUCUACGAGAACGAUGAAGUCUUUUAUUGCCCUUUCACUCUUUGCUGCCUUCGUGGCUUUCGUUCGUGCGGAGGAUUUUGCCAACUUUGACGACGAAGCUAAUGAACCAGGUUUUUUUGUGAGUUUUUUUGACAUUUUGCCUUAAUCUAAUUGUUAAUUGUCUGAAAAAGUUUGGACAAACCAAAAAGGUUGAGAAGUGCACCUCGAAAUAUUUCAGUCGUGUAUGUUAAAAAUUUCCGUUUCCAUUUAAAAAUAUUUUGGUUUUUCAUUACCCUAAUUAAAAUUUUUGGUCGCAAAAAAUUGCUUUACUAGGAAAAAAUGAAAAAAGAAAAAAAGGCAGGAAGACAUCUGCGACAAACGUGCUGACGGUUUAAAUCAUUUCUCAACAAGAUGAACUAAAAAGGCUAAGUAGCAACAUACCUACAACAAGGGGGGGAGGGGGGGUGGGGGGGCCUUUUUGUUUUGGGAUCGGUUAAAUUAUAUCUAAAGUAUUGAUUGAUUUCGUUUACUUAUUUAUUUUCUAAAUGAUUUAUUUAUCUUCAGCAAUGUAAAGUUGACCUUUACAACUGCUUCAAGGAUGGGAAUGAAACCAAGACAGGGUGCCUUUCCAAAUACAAAACUUGUAUGGCUUCUCUACUCCCCACCAUGCCUUAUUUUGUGGUAAGUUAAUAAGUUACCCAUGUAACGUACCGUGAAUAUUUAUUAAAGUAGCUAUUUUUUUGUUUAGGUGUCGUAGCCUUGGAAUUUUUUUUUAAUUUUUAUUGAACCCAAAUUUGUUUCUGGCAGUUUUCGAAAUGCCACUGCAACCGCAAAAGCUGGGAAGAAAAAAUAACGACAUACGAGGAUCAUUAAGAAACUGAGUUUAGAUUUAAAGAACAGAGAAAAUCACAUUUUGAUAGCAUUAUUAAGUAAUAUACUAGAUCUUUUGCACGUGCGAGAAUGGCGCUAAUGAAAAACGUAAAAAUUGAAAACGCCACAAGGGGUUUAAUGAGGCAUGCCUUAGUAUGUCACUACUCUAGCAAAGUGCUAGAUAGGGAAAGAUAAUGCAAAACUCUAGCAAAGUGCUAGAAAGGGAAAGAUAAUGCAAACAGCAAACGUAACGAAUACGAUUGAGGCUGUUGGCCUGCUUUGACUAUGAAUUCAUGAAGCACAAAAAUUGGAAAUAAAUUCUUACAAGUAUGUCGACAAGACUGACAUAAUCAAGCUCUUGACAUAAUUUCUCUAUGCAGAUCUUUAUCAACAAAGACAUGGCUAAUCCUGACCACUUACUACUGGUCACCACUAGAACAAUUCCUUCCAAGCCUUUUCUUGUUGUUGUUGCUGUUUUUUUCGUUUUGGUUUGGUUUUGUUUUCUGUUGUUUGUAGGUUUGUUUGUUUUCACGUCAAACUGUUCGUUGACGGAGUGUUCAAGUUUUUUAGGUUUGCAACCUUUACAACUGAAGGUGUUCAACUUCCCUCUGCAACGCUUGACAUUGGAAAAUACACCAUAAAGCAUUUUAUUUGCCUUUUUUUUGUCCUGUUUAUUGACGAGACGGCAAAGCCAUUACAAUCUCCUCGAGUAAGGUUGUUAGCAAGCAAUCUCACAUCUUAUCCUUCCAAGAGAGCUUCAAAGAAAUCAUGAUAAGUGGAAGUUGUCUUCAAACUUCAACUUUUCCCAUAGCCCGGGAAAACAGCCGACAUUUCGCGACGCCACCACUUGUUUCCCCGCGAAAUCACGUCUGCACAGAAAUUCCAUACUGAUAACGCAUCACUACCGAGAUCCGAGUAGUGCUUCUGAUUGGUUGAAAAUUUGCUUCAUCCAAUCAGAUGAACUACUCAGAUCUGGGUAGUGACGCAUCAUCAGUAUAGAGUUCCUGCGUUCGUUUCUCAGAUAAAUUAUAUUCGCGGGAAACCAGUGGUGGCGUCGUGAAAUGUCAGCUGUUUUCAGUUCUCAGGCUACUUUUCACACUAUGUCAAAAUAUUAUUUAGGUGUUUUCUUGAGUUAAACAAUUUCCUGGUAUUAUUCAUCACAGACCCUUUGCAAGAUGGACCUGAGUUGGUGCACGACACAUUCACAAGAUUGGAAAGAGACGGGCACGUGUUAUCUUGAAUUCGCCAAAUGUUUGAAAGACGGAGGACCCACUCCUGUCACUUAUGCCCCUGAGCCGGCUGCAGCCAAGAUGGACGAUCAACCCACCCGAGGACAAUUUGCGGUAUAUUAAUAGCAUAUGUUUAUAUUUUAAGGCAACUUGAAGGAUUUUCUUUGGGAGGGGGGGUGGGGGGGGAUUAAGGCCAGUUUUCUUAACGGUUCAGUACUACAAUUCUGAUUCGUAAUUGCUGUACGUUCUAUGCAAAGUGCGUUUUAAUUUCGUAUGUGGUUAUUACUGUACUGGCGUACAAAUAUGAUGAAUUGGCGAUGAGUCUUGUGCUUUGAAACUGAAUAAGAUAACAUGCGUAAUCAUUCGUCAGACGAUGAAGCGAAGCAAUGUUAACGACAUUGUCAAGGUAAUAAUGAUACGAUAUACCGUGUAACUUCCUGUCAACAACAACGACAAAAAGCUCAGGCCUUGUGUAAACAGAACGACACCCAGCGGGUCAUUCACACUCAUCAGUUGCAAACAUCGUACCCGAGCAUGCGCACUUGGCCGAGAGGGUUUGGUUGACUAAAUCCCAGUCGUCAAUUCUGAAUAUUUACUCCCGGCUCAGUGGGUCUCAGUCCUCUCAGUCCACUAGCGUUUGAAUACCACCCAUUCACACGGCCACGUCUCUAUCAAAAUCAGCGAAGCGCAUUCUUUAAAUGUUCAACAAAAUCCCUAUCCGAUGCUGUGUCGAUUUUCUUGCUCACGCGUGAAAGAGGAUAUGUUUAGAAUAAACAAUUUAGAUCUCACAAAUAUCGUUUGUGUUUUCUGCCUUCAAUAUAUUCUAUUCAGCAAUGCCAGAUAGACCUGUAUGACUGUAACAAUAGAGAAGAUAAGACUGCCGCAGAGUGUUUGACCGACUACAAGACAUGUAUGGCCCAGCUGAUUCCCCCUUACGUGGUAAGCGGCUUUUUAUGCUUUACUAUCAGUAAAGUAUGUUUAUGACUCGGUGCAAAAAUACAAGACGUAAGGAAACUAAAAAAUAGAAAAGAAGAAAAAAACAGGCAAAAAAAGAACAACAACGAAAAAAAAAACAAGAAAACAUAGAAAAACAUACAAAGCGAACAAAAUAAAGCUAUUAACUUUAAGGCUUUUAUAAUGGGUGAUAUAAACCGACAAAGAUAUAUCUAGUGGUUUUAAGCGCCUAUGUGGCUUAGAUAAAAGAGCUUCAGCAUCAGGAUAAAAUGCUGUUUGGUAAAUAAAGUAAAACAAUGCAAUUUGCUUUAGAGCAUUAAAAAAAAAACAAAACAAAACCAACAACACUAACAAAAAAAACAAAAACAAAACAAGAACAACAACAACAAAAAUUAUCUAAAUCCCGUGGAAUCCUUAAAAUUAAGCGGAAAUAUACUUACUCAUUGACAAGAAUUCAAAGGGAACGCACAAUGCAAAUUGAGAAUUUAAUAUUUUUCACUGUAUUUAACUCCGGUUAAAUAAACUCUCUAUGGGACAGUCAGUUAAACAAAGCCCAUAACCUCCGGAGUUAAAGAAGCAAUCACUGUGCUACAAAAUCUGUUCAGUUGUGAGGUUGUGUUUUAGUUUAAGUAGUACUUUUUAAAACUUUAGGUUAUGGCUGAAAACCUGGCUAAAGCAAAAUAGAUAUAUUUUGGACGCAAGGUUUGGCCAAAUUUCAAACAGCUUUAAGGGCAGGGCCUGUGUCAUUUACCGGCGCCGCUAUGCGUUUAUUAUUGUUGGGCCAGUUUUUCGUAUUUAAAAAAUCUGUUGUGUCCUGUCAGACUUAUUAUCCUUUUUUUCUCGUAGGAAACAUGCAAUCAGGAAUUUAAAGAGUGCGAAAAUAACGCCUCUGGGUUUCUUGAGAAAGCCAAGUGCGCUACUAACUUUGCUGUUUGUCUAAAGAAUGGAGGGCCAACAACUGCUCCAGCUCUUUGA